GGCGCCACCGACACCUUACUUCCUGCUUCGCUACCCGGGGCCAGACCCAUCGCGGCGGAGGGAUCCCGCCGCCUCCCGCAGCCUCCUCCCCCUCCUGCUUCUGCUUUUCCCGGCUCCCUGCUGCAAGGAAAUUAUUUGACAGCGAUUUGCUGACAUCGGGGAUUUUUUUCUUUUUCUUUUUUUUUUUUUUUUUUUUCUUUCUUUUUGCAUCACGGACUCGGCACAGCUCGGCGGGCGGGGGAGGCCGUGCCGGAGAUGGAAUUUCAUGACUUGCUGUAUUUUGAAUAGGACGAGGAGAUGUGUCUGAUAAGAUACGUCACUUUGAGAUCACAGAAUGAAAGCAGCAUGAAAUGUUAUGGCAAAGACAGCACAAGAAGAUACAAGAAUCUCACAAAUCCUCAAAAAUCAGCCUUCCAGCGUUACUCUGGUCUGAAGACCAUGGGACAGUGCCAGUUUCACCCCUGUGAGCUGUGUGUGCAGUACAGGUGCUUGGCACACUGAACUUACUGAUCUGUGUAGGAUUUGUGCUGUGGUCCAUUCAUUGAAGAUGUGAAACAACAUCGAGUCCGAAAUUGGAAUUACUGACAGACUGGAGUAAAUUUCAGUCCUUGUGAUGCACAUGGACAUGCUGAAUUCUAAGUAAUUCUGGCUUCUUCUCCCCUCCCCUCCCUUCCCCUCACUCAGCUAUCUCAGGGUUCAUAGAGAUUUCAAUGGUUUGUGUGCCUGUAAGUUUGGAACAGAAGUGACCAAAAAUGGGGGACCAGCAAUUGUAUAAAACUAAUCAUACUGCCAACAACAACGAGAACUUGUACUACGAACAACACCAAAUGAACUCCCUUCCAUCUCUGAAUCAUAGCUAUGGGACAUCAGUUAUGGAUGCUCCCCAGGCGUCCCCCCUCUCCCCUCCAUUUCCCCAGGAUUCAAGGGACAGUAUAGCUUUGCCUGUAGGUUCAAAAAGUCUCGGGUCGAUGGAUGCAUCUAGACCAACCAGUUGGACACAUUCUGGCUCAGGAAACCACGUCCCAGCGAGGAACAGUUUGAAUAAUCAAAGCGCAAUGUGGAGCCCCCUCGGGCAGGGGGAGUCCCAUGACGGAUACCAAUAUUCUUACCCGCAGCCCAGUGAAAACCGCUCGCAAAAAAUUACCAGUGGGGUCCUGCACAAAUUGGACUCCUUCACACAAGUAUUUGCUAACCAAAAUCUGAGAAUUCAAGUCAACAACAUGGCUCAGGUUCUGCACACCGAGUCUUCGAUGGUGGAUAAUUCCGGUGACAGUGCGCUCAGGCAGCUGCUGUCCCAGAAGCCGGCGGUUGAGCAACAGCCCGUAGCUUCCACCGUACAAAGAUACCAACCAGUGCCACAGCAAACGCACCAGAAUUUUGCAAGCACACAGCAAAAGCAACAAAUGCAAGUCGUGCAGCACCAACAGUUGUACUACGACUACCAGCAGCACUUAUCACAGAUGCAGAUGCAUUCUGCGUUCCAGCAGGGACAGGCGCACGUCCCGCAAAUGCAGUCCCAGCAGCUCCUACCGCAACAGAUGCAGCACUUGCAGCAGCCCCAGUACUACGGCCAGCCCCAGCAGGGACACCAGCGGCUCUCGAUCCAGGAGAUGCAGCAGCAGCCCCCGGCUCGGCAGCAGCGGCAGUGUCCGGUGCAGCUCGCUCAGUAUUACCAAACACAACCUGUCAUGCAGCAGCUGCAGCAGCAGCAGCAGCAGAUGCAAUUGCCGCUUCCUCCGUAUCACAGGGAACCCGAUCCAAAGACUAUGCAUGAGCCACACCAGUACUCUCAGGAUCCCGGUCAUCCUGUGCAGCUUAUCCAGUUGGGAGCAGUGCCUCAGUAUUGCUUCCAAGAUCCCCAUGAACAGUACAGGCACUUGUACCCCCAGAGUUUACUGCAGCAGCAGCAGCAAGAGCAGCAGAAGCAGUACCUGAGCGAGAGCAGAGUGCCAUCCCUGAACUCCCACAUUGGCCUCACUCCACCAGAGAGCGCCGAGGAUCCUGCACGGCAGGAGAUUAAUUCUGUAGGUAACGCUGUCCCUCAUCGAACUCUUUUGCCACCCCCGGGAGUUCAUCUGAACAACAAAAGCUCUCAGCAAGACUCUCCCAGCACCACGUGGCCUCAGCAGGUGCAACUGUCAGAUGGCAGACUGCAGCCACUGUCCCCAGAACAAAGUGGCCAGAACAGAGAAACACUUCCUGAGAGAGCUGAUGCGAAGAACAAGCUAAUGUGUUCAAUAUGCUUGAAGGAAUUUAAGAGUUUGCCAGCUCUAAAUGGUCACAUGAGGUCACACGGAGGAGUAAGAGCAUCUCCUAACUUCAAACAGGAUGAAGGAGAGAAACCACCCCAGCAGCCGCUGUCUAAAGAGGUGGAUGGCCUCGCGCCCAUCGUCAUGCCAGUGUCUGUCCCUGUAAAGCUUCUGUCACCUGAGCCCAGCACGCAGCCCUCUGCCAGCAGUGCCACAGUCACAGACAAGCCUGCCAACUCUGUGUCAGAUGACGAGAUGCCCGUUCUCGUGAAGAUGACUUACUCUCCACCGUGCAGUCCAAAAGUGGCCAACCCCUGCUCAUCCUCUGAAACUAGCAAAAAACCUCAUCUAAGUGCUGUAAAAUCGGAAGAGACCUUCAAACCGUUGCAGGACAAGAAGAAAUAUCGGCACAGACCCGAACCUCUCUUCAUACCUCCUCCUUCCUUCAACCUCAGCAUGUCCCACUCGGGUGCCACUCUGUACCAGAGCCAGCUUCGCUCUCCCCGCGUUCUGGGAGAUCACCUGCUGGACCGCACACACGAGCUGCCCCCCUACACUCCUCCGCCCAUGCUCAGCCCCGUCCGGCAAGGCUCUGGUCUCUUCAGCAGUGUGCUCACUUCCCACAGCACAUCCCACGCUCAGCUGCCACUUACUCCACUGACACCCACUCCACGGGUGCUCCUGUGUCGGUCUAAUAGUAUUGAUGGAAGUGUCAUUCCAGUGACGCCUGGGCCUGGAGAACAGACUGUUGAACCGCGAAUCAAUAUUGGGUCCAGGUUCCAGGCUGACAUUCCUGAGCUGCAGGACAGAUUGCUGAUGGAGAAAGAUGUGCACAAGGCUACUUUGGUUUGGAAACCAUGGCCAGAACUGGAGAACAAAGUCUUCCAACAAAGAGUGGAAGACCUUUUAAAUAUGAGCUGUUCCAGUGUGUUACCUGGUGGAGGAACUAACUCAGAAUACGCUUUGCACUCUCUCUUUGAAGCAAAAGGAGAUAUUAUGGUUGCUCUUGAAAAGCUGCUGUUGAGAAAGCCAGUGAGGUUGAAGUGUCAUCCUUUGUCAAAUUACCACUAUGCUGGCUCUGACAAAUGGACACAUCAAGAAAGGAGACUGUUCAAAGAGGCAUUGUCCACCUACAGCAAAGAUUUCAUAUUUGUACAGAAAAUGGUGAAGUCUAAGACAGUUGCACAAUGUGUGGAAUACUACUAUACCUGGAAGAAAAUCUUGCGUUUGGGACGGAAACACAGAACGCGCUUAGAGAAGAAAAGAGACGAAUGCUUGACAAGUGGAGAAGAGGAAGUGUUAGAGGAAGAUGAGGAGAUUGAAGAAGACAGAAAGGAAGAAAGGGAAAUGCAGAAGUCACCUGACCCACCAGCAAUCUCUCUUGUUGGACCUAUAGAUCUACCUGCCGUUCAGGGUCUUUCACUGUCUUCAUCCUCCUUCAUCUGUGAAAUGCCAAACUGUGGCGCUGUGUUCAGUUCCCGACAAGCGCUGAAUGGCCACGCGCGCAUUCACGGAGGUACAAACCAGGUGACGAAAACACGCUGCACCAUUCCCGGCACGAAGCAGAAAUCCGGUACCCAGAGCGGAUACUGCUCCAUCAAGAGCUCACCUGCCCACAGCACAACAAGCGGCGAGACUGACCCAACAACAAUUUUUCCUUGCAAGGAGUGUGGCAAGGUCUUUUUCAAAAUCAAAAGCCGCAAUGCUCAUAUGAAGACUCACAGACAACACGAAGAACAGCAAAGGCAGAAGGCUCAGAAAGCUGCUGUAGCAGCAGAAAUGGCAGCCACUAUUGCAAGAACUACUGGGCCAGCUGGGCAUAGUUUGAUCCCCUUGGAUCACAUGAGCUUGGUUAAACAUGUUGAAAAUGUUGGUGACAUUGAUGAUGAUGUUGUUCCGGAUCUGGGUGAUGUCAUGGAAGAGAAUGAAGUCAUGGAUGCUGACCUCUUACUGGAUGAUGAAGAUCCAGAUCUACUGCAGGAUGAUGCUGAGUUGUAAAUAAAACUGUUUGAUAGACAGCUACUGAGCACACCCUGAAUGGAUCAAUCAGGAAACCUGGACUGCUUGUUUAUUCCCACUGAUUGUAAACUACCUGUUGAAAAUUAUAAUUCUUUUAUCCAGGUCUAGAAAAAAAAAAUGCUUUUUUCCCUUUUUUUUAAUUAAUUUGUGUUUUGGGGUAAAAAAUAAAUAAUUGGUACAAAUAUUCUUAUAAGGUGUUUUUAUCUGAGCUCUUUUUGCUGAUAACUUCCAAGGCCACUAAUUACACAAAUUCAUGGUUCUGCUAUCGGUUCCUACCAGAUGGUCCUGGUAGAAUCUUUAGUCUUUAACUCUUCCAAGUUUCAUUUUACCCCAAUUACAAGAAUAAAUUUCACACACUUCUGAUGAAACAUUUUUUUUGUCUAUAUUGGAUCAUUUCCAGCAUCUUCUAGAGAGUAAAUGUCAUCUCUCUUAAAGCUACGAUUACAUUUUUUGUCUUAGUGCUGCCAUUUUAAGCAAGAUGGAGGAAGAAAAGAUCUGGCUUAACCGUGAAAGAGCUAGUAAUAUCACAGUUCAUUUUCAGUUCUGUCUUGGUAACACAGGACAUUUUAGACAUUCCAUUUUAGCAAGGUUUUGAUCUGCUGAUUUGAAAAUGACCUAAUUUCCAGGAUUGAAGAAUGAAAAUGAUUGUUCUAUGGUUCACAUCCUCUGAUGGGAGCACUGAAUCGGGAACGCUGCCUUGGUAAUCAGAUUGCACUGGAAAUAUUGUCCCGUGACAAUAAAUCACACUGUGGAAUAGCCAUCUCUGUGAUUUUAGGGGAGUGUGUGCUCAAGCAAUGCUUGCUCUCUCGCCAGGCAAACACAGGGAAGCAUUCUUGCCAUUGGAAAAGAGACUGAUAUGCUUUCAGCACCUGGGUAUAUGUGUUAUUCUUGUGCCAUUUUCAGUCCUCUUCAUUACAUCAAGUUCAGCUGUUGUUUGUUUACUCUAAACAUGCUGCAGAGGUGAGUUGAUGUUGCUGUUUAAUGACCAUUUCUCCUCCCUUAGGUUCAGAUCUACGUGCUGGACACCUGACACCUGAGUUUAUAUAAAUUUAGAUUUGGUUCUCUGAUUAAACAGGAUAUGAAAGAAUUGUACGUUGCAGAAUAAAACAAGGAAGAAAUGGA